AUGGGUAUCCACACAUUUAUGUCCUGCCUAGUGUAUUAUACCACAAAUGUAGUACUAUCAGUUUUUCUAGUUUCUAGUUUUUUUGUAUACAAAUUAACAGCAAUUAAUCCAUGUAAUUCCUUUACACAAGGCCAUGGAACUGCUUUUAUAACACAUCAAAUUGAAGGACAUUUAACAAAUCGCAAUAAAUUUAGAAAAGAAAAAUUACAUUCAAAUAGCAAUGAACUUUCAAAGGCAAUCAAUAAUAAUUCAAUAAAAUUAUCUGAUACGAAAUCAUAUGGUGAAUUUGCUAAUAAUGCUGAUUAUAUGUUAUUGGACAGUGCAAUAUUGGAUAAAUAUGGAUUUAAGAUCGUAGGUGAUAUAGAACUCAAAGAGGAACGCUCAGUAAAGAGAUUAUUACAUGAUGUGUAUAAUUCUGAACAGUUAAGUACCAUUAAAUCAAAAUUAUUAACAACCCUAAAUACCAAUUUAUCAAUGUGCAAUAUGAAUGAUAUGGUUGCUGAUAUUAAUGAAAAAAUAGCAAAUAAACAAAAUAUUGACCUGACUAACUGUUAUAGUAGAUGUAUAAUUUGCCUAGCUAAUAAGUUUGAAACGUCAAAACUGGUGGAAUUGUUUCAACACAUGAUUAAUUUCCAUGAAUUGCUAGAUAUAUUCCAUUUUUCACUCGUCAUUCGUUACUUAGCACAGGUUGGCUAUGAUAAUUUGGAUGUUUGGAUUAAAUUAUUUGAUGUAUUUAAUAAUGUAUCUCUAAAAACAUGCAAAUAUGGGUUGUUUGUCACCACUGAUGAUGUAAAACCAUUUGUAGUUGAUAAAAAAACAUAUGUUGGCCAAGACAUUGAUAUAAAUAGCUUAUCUUUGUUUGGGCUGAACCACUCAUAUAUAUUUGAUCGCGAGCAGAUGGGAACUGGUAUACUAGAAUCCUUUGUUUUGGGUUUAGUUCAGAAUAUCCACGGAUAUCAAGAAUCAAUCGGUAUGGAGGAAUAUAACAAUGAACAAGGCUAUAAAAGUUUGUGUUCGAAUUCCAAGUUGAUUAACAUAAUUAUGCAGCUAAAUAUUGCCAGUGCAGUUGGUAAAAUUGAGUUGAGUUGGAUUACUAAGGUCAUCCUUCGACAUAUUAAUCGGAUAUUGCCAAUUGACAAUGAAUUUAACACCAUUGACACUAACACUAACAACUAUGAGGGUAGAUUGUUUAUGAACCUGGAAGAUGAAUCAAAUGGUGUUAAACAAUCAAAAACGAUAGAAGAAUCAUGUAUUAGUGCCAUUGAUAAAUUUAUCAACAGUCCCUUAUCAUCUAUUACCAAACAAAAUAAAUUAAUACAACCGCCUUUAUUACUACCCAAAUUCAUAUACCCUUCAACACACACCCAAAUAUUCAAUGAGUUGAUGAAUUCCACAUCGUACAUUACUGUUUUUGAUAUCGCAAAAUUGUUAUUUUCAGAUGCUACAAAUGUAGAAGAAUUAGCAAUAACUGACAUUUACUACAUCAUUCGUCAUAUGUUAAAAUUCAAAAAGGCAACUUCUGUAAUAGAAUCACUACUGAAAUUUGAUGUGUUGCAUUCAAAUAGGCUAAUGGAGCACAUAAAGUGUUGUACGUAUGAAUGUGAAAUGGAACGGGACCCUAUAGAAGCUUUGAAAGUCUUAAAUUUUUUCAAGCAAACGGGUAUAUCACCAUCAAAGGGGUUAAUUGAUGAUUUAGCCAAUAAAUUAAAUAACGACUGA